CUAGCCUUCUCCUUGCUAGCCAUUUCUGGGAAUGGGGGUCCAAGCCAUAAUAACACAGUCAUCAUAGGCAUGAGGCUGGAGAACAGCACCAAGCUAGGGACUGGCAUCUUGGAAAAGGGGAUCAUUCAAGUGGUUGAAGACAGCAACAUCCAACUUCGGAUUUAUGGCCAGGGCAUCCAUGAACUCACCUGGCAGGUCGUCUACUUUGCUGAGAUGUCUGCCUGGGAUGCUGCAGCUGGUGUCCUGAGCAAGGAUCCCUGCUCUGAAAGGACCAGUGACUUGCUGGUGCAGCCGUACAGUCUAGACGUACGAGAUACAUCCGCAGUGCUGUCCGUGAUCGUCCAGACCCUGCGGAAGGAUGUCCAUGACAAGAACUACGUGAUGUGCCUGGCGGACGGUUCUGGGAAGCCACGGAACUGGCUCAAGGACCCCGACUCGUUUCUCCGAGUGGUCGAACAUGAGACCUUGGGCCUGCCCUUCUGGCUCCACAUCAUCCUAAUUUUUCUCCUCUUGGGGCUGUCGGGCAUGUUUAGUGGCCUCAACUUGGGCUUGAUGUCUCUGGAUCCCAUAGAACUGCACAUUGUGCAGAACUGUGGCACGGCCAAGGAGAAGAAAUAUGCCACCAUGAUCGAGCCCAUCCGCCGGAAGGGCAACUACCUGCUGUGCUCUUUGCUGCUAGGCAAUGUCUUAGUCAACAGUUCCCUCACCAUAUUGCUUGACAUUCUUUUGCAGGGAAACCUUGUAUCUAUUGUGGUCUCUACUUUUGCCAUUGUCCUCUUUGGGGAGAUAAUCCCGCAGGCCCUCUGCUCCCGUCAUGGUUUGGCAGUGGGGGCCAACACCAUCUUCAUCACCAAGUUUGUCAUGUUGCUCACAUUCCCGCUCUCUUACCCCAUCAGCAAAGCCCUGGACUAUGUGCUCGGUAAAGAAAUGGGCACCAUAUACAACCGGGAGAAACUGAUGGAGAUGUUGAGGCUGACGGAACCCUACCUUGACCUUCUCAAGGAAGAGCUGAAUAUCAUCCAAGGAGCCCUGGAGCUGAGGACCAAGACCGUGGAGUGUGUCAUGACCCCCUUACACGAUUGCUUCUUGCUCAGCAAUGAUGCCAUCCUAGACUUCAACACCAUGACGGAGAUCAUGAAGAGUGGUUAUACCCGCAUCCCCAUCUAUGAAAAGUCAAGGCCUAAUAUCGUUGACAUGCUGUAUGUCAAGGAUCUAGCUUUUGUUGACCCUGAUGACUGCACUCCACUCCAGACAAUCACUAAGUUUUACAAGCACCCGGUUCAUUAUGUCUUCCACAAUACCAUGCUGGAUGCCGUCCUUGAAGAGUUCAAAAAAGGUAAAUCCCACCUUGCUGUUGUCCAAAAGUUGACGGAGGCUGAGCAUGACUACAUCUGUGAAGUGGUGGGUGUGGUGACCUUGGAGGAUGUCAUUGAAGAGAUAAUCAACUCAGAGAUAUUGGAUGAAUCAGAUAUCUACACGGACAACCGCACCAGAAGACGUGUCGCCACCUCAAGGAAGUGGGACUUCUCGGCCUUCAAGGGCAAUGACAACGAAGCAAAGAUCUCCCGUCAGCUGCUCUUGGCUGCACACCGGUUCCUCUCCACAGAGGUCCUGCCAUUUUCCCCAAACAUCAUCUCAGAGAAGUACCUGCUGCGUCUUCUCAACCACUGUGAUGUCGUCUGUGAGUUGAAAUUAGAUGACGACAACAAGAACGCCCUGGGCCAUUACUUGUAUCAAAGGAAUAAGCCAGCUGACUACUUUAUCCUCAUCUUGCAGGGGAAGGUGGAGGUCGAAGCUUGCAAGGAAAACAUGAAGUUUGAGAAUGGACCUUUCUCCUACUACGGGGUCAUGGCCUUGGGUCCGUCCACUCCAGGAGAGGGGAGCUCCCCGUCUCGCCUCAGCAAUCUGAAUCGCGUUAGCUACGAGUACAUGAUCCCUUCCUUCAGCAGCACCAUCAGCGCCAACCAAGUUCUCCCCAGCACCAGCCUGCAGUAUAUGGCAGACUUCACUGUCCGUGCCCUCACGGACCUCCUCUACAUCAAGAUCAGACGGAACCACUACCAGAACUGUCUGAUGGCCUCACUAGUAGAGAGCAGCGCUAGUGAUAACCAGCCACCUGAGCAGGAGCAUUUCUAG